UUGAAGUUAAAUAGAGGACAAAAGCACAACAUUCUUGAGACCCUAGCAGAACAAAUGCAUGGCUAUAAAGCAUACCCUAAUGUUAAGGAAAUUUCUAUGGUAGCAGAAGCCCUUGUCAACAAGCAUCCCUGUCUAAAAGAGCCAGGCUCUUGUGCAGGUUGGUAUGGAUGGAAGAACAGCCUAACAUUUAAGAUGGGCAACUACCGCACAAAAUUAAGUCGUGCUGGAUCUCAGGAAGUUGCUGUAAAUUCUGGAAAGAGGAGUAAAAACUACCCCCAAAAAGAUGCCCCUCACACGAACAUCAAAAGACCAAAAAGGGCAGAGAUUAAUUUCCUUCCAAAUUUCCCAAGAGGUGAAGAUGCUUCAAGCCUCGAACAACAAAGGCAAAGAAUUAUAGAUGAAGUUCAGAUGGCUGACAAAAAUCUUGUCCUGAUCACAAAGUUAAUGGACAGCACUUUUGCUUUGCGGCGCAAAGAGAUCGUCUGUAAUGAGAUACCAGUUGAUGAAAUCCUGAAACGAUGGCCUGCCCUUAAAUUAGAGUCGCAGAUCUGUGCUGAGUUUCACAGAGUGACGAAUGUCAACCUAAAGAAUCGUUUCUUUGCUCAACUGGACCAACAUACCCCCCGGCUUCAGAGCCUGUUUCGGAAAAAAGCUUCUCGGACAGGAAAAGCUUCUGAACUCCUGGAUGAGCUCUUCAGGAUUUAUGACCUCCAGGAUCAAGUUGAUGUCCAUGUUAGACGUGCUGUGGUACUCCGGGCUCUCCCUCCGUAUAUGCAUGAGAGUGAUGUUAGCUUUUUCAAGAUGUGGGACGUGGAGCAGACUGAAGAACUGAACACCAAUGAUGUACCACUUGGGCUCCUCCUAAGCAAUCAGACAUCAUCAGAUGCCCAUUUUUUCUGCCCAGAGAGGAUUGCAGUUCUGAUUGAGGGUAACAUUGUUAUUGAGUCCUCCACACUGGCUGAUGCAUUCAUCAUUCUAUUUGCACUUACAUACACCCUUCACCUUAACUAUCCAAAACAAUUGCUCAACACAUUUGACUUCGUCCAAAAGGUCUUGAUGGGUCUUGAGGAUGGAAAGUUGAGGCCUAGAGUUUUGAGUCUGAAAAAUGACCUGUUAGCAGUAGUGUAAGCACAUUUGUUUUUCUUGCUGUAAACAUCUAACAGAUGGGUUUUAUAGAUAUUGUUGCUGAAGUUUUAAUGCCAUAAAGUUGAAUGAAG